AUAAGCGUAUACAUGUACAUGUACAUGAUGUAGAUCUAUUACCCUGAAAUAGAACUUACAGAAGUAUAAGCACUGAAGAAACAGUUAUAGAUUUAUACUCUUGAGUGUCUACUUCUCGAUCACGUACAUGCUUCUACGAGUAUAGGUAGGUGUGUAUCAAUACUUGAUAUCUGUAAAUUACUGCCCAGCACAGAAUGCCCCAACUCUACUAUGCGCUGGUUGCUCGACAGAGAGUCAUCCUCUGUGACUACACCCUGAGGCAAGGCCCCUACGAAUCCUCUGCUCUCUCAGCACUGGACAAGGCAAUAGCUGACCGAGUAUCGAAGAUCAGCUAUGAAGAUGGCAAUGUUGUGUUCCACGUGCUCGUAUCUCAAGGAUUAGCCUACUUGUGUGCAUCAGAUUUGGCGUUCGAUCGUUCCCUUGCAUUUGGUUGUCUCCAGGAGCUAGAGAACAGGCUGUACAGAUCUCCUGGCUUGAAAGACAGAGCCGAAUAUGUCGGACCCUAUGCUCUCAGGGGAGAAUUCUCUGUAGACAUGAGCCAAGUUCUCACUCAGUAUGGCUCAGGGGAUAAGCUUGGAAAGCUACAAACGCACGUUACUGCAGUGAAGGGAGUGAUGAAGGACAAUCUUGAUAAGGUGGUACUUCGUGGAGAGACGCUGGAUGAUUUGGAGGGACGCUCCGAGCAAUUGGCUAACAGUUCCACUAACUUUAGACACAGUGCUGUCAAGUUGAGGAGGAAGGAGCUAUGCAGGAGAAACAAAUGGUGUUGUUGUGUCAGCUCGGUGGUGUUUAUAGUCUUGUUCCUUAUCAUACUUGGUAUCGUCUUGGGAAUUCUCAAAGGAACUAACGUAAUAUAAUAGUUCUGAAAGUUUCGCAAUGUUGCAUCGCGAAUAAUAUUGUUUGUGUUCCUUCACUUUAUAUUUUUCUACAUAUUUAUAUAUACUGGUUUGUCAACUCCUAAGGAUCUUAUGCUGUGUUUUUGAUUGAACAUUCUCCCUAUAAUUAUACAACAUGUACAAAUCAUUUCUUAUUUAUGCUUGAUCAACAUGUUAUAAUUAUUAUUGCCAACAA